GCACAAGGCCGAGGAACUUUGUCUCUCCACACACCACUUCUUACCGAGCGCAUUGACUCGGGAUCUGCUGUGCCCUGUGGGAACCAACAGCCUUGAGCGCCCAGUCGGCCGCUUCCUGCCAGCCUCCGCCUCCGCCUCCUUGGCCGAACACUCGACAACUUUUGGGCUUCACAACAGCCUGCGGUCUGCGUUCUGGAGCAGCCGCAAAGCUUCUUCCGACCAUGGCGCCUAGAAUCAAUAUCCCUCCGGCGACUCGUGCCUGCCUCAUCAGUCUUAUCACCCUCUCCUUCCUAUACAAUAUCGCCCGAUGGCGCCAGCUUGACACAACCCCGGGCACGCCCGUCAUCUCCCCUCCGAUUCCCUACCUAACGCUCGUCCCGUCGCAGUUCAUCUUUUAUCCUUGGACCCUCCUCACGGCAACAUUUGUGGAGCAGAACAUCUUCACCGUCCUGCUGAACGUGGCCACUCUCUUCUACGGAGGAAAAUACCUGGAGCGAGGGUGGGGUUCGCGAGAGUUCACCAAGUUCAUUGUUACCAUCGCCGUUGUACCCAAUGUGGUGAUCGUGCCACUCUACAUUAUAUGGGCUGCGAUCAGAAGCGGUUCGAGUAGCGGGUACGCCUUGUUCUCUGGCCAGGAAUGUACCACUUCAUGCACACCUCCUGCUGACUCGCCCUCAUUCAGUGUCACACAAAUCUGCGGCGGUAUCUCGAUCCAAGCCUCUUUCCUCGUCGCAUUCAAACAACUCGUCCCCGAGCAUACGGUGACUAUCUUCAAGGGUCUCGUAAAGAUGAGGGUGAAGCACUUCCCCGCCGUCUUCCUGCUACUGAACACGCUCGGUGGGGUGCUCCUGGGGACACAUGUUGCGGCCACUCUUGCAUGGUUCGGUCUGAUUACGAGCUGGACUUAUCUUCGAUUCUUCAAGCGGCAGCCAGAUCUCACCGGAACGUCGACCGACGGACUGGGGAUCAAGGGCGAUGCGAGCGAGACGUUUGCCUUCAAAUGCUUCUUCCCCGACGUCAUGCAGCCACCAAUUGGCGUUGUAUCUGAUGUCGUCUACUCCACCCUCGUCUCGUUGAAAGUGUGCACUCCAUUCUCUGAGGAGGAAAUUGCGUCCGGAAACCAGCAAGCUCUUGCUCGGGGAGAGGCAGGCCUUCCCAGCCUCCUCAGCAACCGAGGUGGACGAAGUAUGGCUAAGCGUGAGGAGGCGGAGCGGCGGCGAGCCGUGGCGCUGAAGGCGUUGGACCAGAGACUUCAAGCGGCUGUUGCUGCACGGGCACAGCCGAGCUUAUCGGGCCCUAGUCAAACCCAAACAGCAACACCGUCGGUCCCGGGACAAACAAUGCUGGGUGAGACCAAUUAUACGCCGGACCAUGCUUAAACGCGCCGCAUUUAUUUCUGGAGUUUGGUUACAGGGUCAUUGGGAUAAUGAGAGCGGAUGGUUGGGAAGAUCUUGACCGACAGCGAUUAGUCUAGGCAAACUAGGGUCUUCUUCGUUGAUUGUGAUAUAUGUGGUUUAUACUAUUAGCAUUGCAUCUUCUUGUAUGUAGCUAUAUAUUUGUCUUCCUCGUUUCAGUUUCACACUUCCUUGUUUGCCGCAGGUCUACCAGCGAAAUCUGCAAAUUUACCUAUUCGAUACUACUGGGCCUUGCCACCCGAGCAUCUUUUGAGCGG